AUGACGACCGAAUCGCAAUCGCCCGAUGACUAUCUCAAACGUCGAACUUCUAUGCAUUCGCUCCUGGUGCGUGCUCGUCGGCCCUCCAUCGGUUCACGAUCCUUUGCCCAUGCGGUACUCGACGUUCGCGACAAACCUGCCUCGUCGUCAUCUUCACCGUCAACGCCACCCAUCCCGCCGCUUCCUCAAUCAUUACGUGUUGGCCACAACCAUCGUCUAUCCAAUUCCAAUCUCAACAUACCGCAUGCCGCCUUGGAUCCACACCCGACAGUCGCCGAAGCUGUCUACAGCUUCAAGCUGCUCGAGGCCUUGAGAAAGGGUGACCAACAGGCGCUCAUCCCACUCCUCAAGCCCACCACCGCCAAGACCGAUUCGCCCGCAAAGGAAAGCACCAGUCCACUCCAUCUCGCCGUGCGUUGCGCCGACUUCAACAUCAUCGCUUUCCUCCUCAACUACAAGCAUGUCGACCUGAACGCUGUCGAUGCACAGCACGGCAACACCCCCCUCCAUAUUGCCUCAGCAUCCGGGCGCGACGAUGUCGUCCAGCUCUUGCUCGAGCAGCCCGACAUUGACGAUUCGAAACUCAAUAAAGAUGGCAAGGACGCCUUGGCUGUAGCGAGGUCUCCUGAGAUCGCCCAACAGAUUCAGGUCAGCCGCGCCCAGCUCAACGUCAAGUAUGUCGACCUUCUCACCGCCUAUGAGCAGGACAUGCCCGGCGUGGACGCCAAAAUCCACCAGCUGCUCGAUCUGCCUCGUUCUGCCGUCAUCGACCUCAAUGCCCAAGGCAGCAACGGCAGCACGCUGCUUCACGAAGCCGUCAAGCGCAAGGAUAUGCGCAUGAUUGAGACCGCCGUGCGCAAGGGCGCUGACGUCUAUGCACGCGACCGUCGCGGCAAGCGUGUCAACGACGUCACCAAGGACGAAAAGGUCAAGGCGCUCCUGCGUCAACUCCACAACGCAGAUGCUGCCAAAGCCUCCCAGGCCAGCCACUCGGGCCAGCCACCUUCGUUCAAAGGCUACCUCGGCAAGUGGACUAACAUUGCGCACGGGUACAAGACGCGCUGGUUUGUGCUCGAGGACGGCAUCCUCUCGUACUACCACAGCCAGGACGACGAAGGCAAGCAGUCGCGCGGCGCCAUCAACAUGCGCUACGCCAAGAUCCGCGCCGACAACAACGACCGGCACCGUCUCGAGAUCCUCAGCGAGACGGGCAAGGGCACCUCCAAGCUCUACCUUCGCGGUACCCACCCCGUCGAGCGCGCAAGAUGGGUGCAGGUGCUGCAGCAGACCAAAGAGUUUUUUGACCUUGAGCGCGUCUCGAGCCGUUCCAACAGCUUCUACCGCCAACGUGCUACCUCGGCGUCCUCUCUUUCGGGUGCGUACAGCAUCUCGUCCGCAACUCCUCUGGCAAACCCAGCCGGCAUUGUGCGUCCCUCCUCGACCGCGCCCAGUGAAAAGGGCAGUCGCAACGGUCUCCUCUCGAUCAAGUCUCCCAGCACACAGCCUCCUUCGGGCGCAGCAAGCGAACGAUCGCUGCCGCUUCUCAACCGCAGUCCGAGUCUGCUCAGCCGGCUCUCGAGCGACGGACGAGUCGAAGACGAGAACGAGGGUGGUGCCAGCGGCGGAGGUAUGCCCUACCAGACCGAGUUCCCGCUCACCGCCGAAGCGCUCAAGGCGCAGGCAGAGACCAGUCAGCGCCUCAUCGAGACGCUCCUGACAACCAAUGCACCUAUCACCUCCUCGGACGACUGCAGCUCGGGCAAACGCAGCCGCACUUCGUCUAGCUCGGCCGUCAGCAGCGGCGAAACGGUACGCUCGGCUCUCGAAGCUGCCGUGAGGAGCACUCUGCAGCUGGUGGAGCGCUACCAGACCAUGGUCGCCGCGCGUGAGGCGUACAUGGCCAAGCGGUACGAACGCGAGCUGCAGAUCAAGCAUCUCUGGGAGGAGAACAUGGCGGUGCUGGCACAGCAGCACGCCGAGAUGGAGACGCAGCUCAAGGAGGCCGCCGAGGAGAACGCGCGCAGACGCAAGGCGCUGCGCGAAGUGCGUGAGACCAUGGGCUCGUCGCCUGGGUCGGUGCUGUCGCCCAGUGGCGUAGGCGCUAGCAUUGGCGCUGGACUUGCUGCUUCGGGGUCCAUGGCUUCGUCGCUCCACGCUCCACGCCGUCAGUCGACGGCGCUGAGCAACACAACGCUUCAAGGCUACGAGACGGCGGACAGCGGCGAUGGUGGUUCGGGAUCUCUAGCGGCGCGCCGGUUGGGUGAACAGGGGGGUGCACAGAUGCAGCUGGACGACCACCUGACUCCACCCAUCCAAGCGCAACGUUCGAGCAUCUUGAGCAUCACCGAGGAAAAGGGCAUGGUACGCGACUCGUUUGACGAUGCCGAAGACGAGUUCUUUGACGCCAUCGAGACGGGCAAUCUGCCGGGGCUUGUAGUAGAAAAGUCGCUGAGCCAGCCGCAGUCGAGUCCGACGCAGUGGCCGGAGAAGUUCCAGAAGCACAUGAUCGACGAAGUGAUGCGGAAAUCGUAUGCUCCCUACGAGCAUCUGCGAACGCAACUGCCCAUCGGCAAGGACGAUCGUCCGUCGGUCUCGCUCUGGGCGAUCCUCAAGAACAACAUCGGCAAGGAUUUGACGAAGAUCUCAUUCCCCGUGAGCUUCAACGAGCCCACAUCCAUGCUGCAGCGAAUGGCUGAGGACAUGGAGUUCUCCGAGUGUCUGGACGCGGCGGCGUUGCAAGAGGAUUCGACCAAGCGAAUCGCUUACGUGGCUGCGUUUGCCAUGAGCAACUACUCGUCGACGAUCGGCCGAAUCGCCAAGCCGUUCAAUCCGCUGCUCGGCGAGACGUUCGAGUACAUGCGUCCGGACAAAAAGUACCGCUACUACUCGGAGCAAGUUUCGCACCAUCCGCCCAUCUCGGCGUGCUUUGCGCAGUCGCCCACGUGGGACUACAUGGGCUGCGUCGAUGCCAAGUCCAAGUUCCUGGGACGCACGUUUGAGAUUCGUCCGACGGGUGUAGCUCACGUUAACCUAAAGGUGCCACGCAAGUGGGUCAAGACAGACAAAGAGCUCAAGGCGGCGCCCUUGUUGGAGCAGGACCACGUGAUGGAGCACUACUCGUGGAAUAAAGUGACGACGUCGGUAUCCGGCUUCAUUGUGGGCAGUCCGACGAUCGACCACUUUGGCGAUAUGGAGGUAACGAACCACGCGACUGGCGAUCGAUGCGUGCUGACGUUCAAGCCGCGUGGAUGGCGAGGCAAGGAUGCGUUCGAGAUCCGCGGCAGCGUGUAUGACGCUCAAGGCACGUUGCAGUGGGACAUUGCGGGCCGAUGGAACUCGCAGCUGGUGGCGCGCAAGUGCGGAGCUGGCUCGGGCGAUCUCAACCCGGAUCAGAGCGUCGACGCACCGGAUGGACAGAUUGCCGUGGCGCAGCCGAUGGCCGAGUAUCUGCUGCUCUGGCGCAACUCGGAGAAGCCGCCGACGCCGUUCAACCUGACGCCGUUUGCCAUCACGCUCAACUCGUGUCCAGACGACCUUCGACCGUGGUUGGCACCGACGGACUGCCGACUGCGACCCGACCUGAGCGCGUUCGAGAGCGGCAAGUUCGACCAGGCCAACGAUCUGAAGCAGAAGCUCGAGAACUUCCAGCGCGAGACCAGGAGGAAGCGCGAGACGGGCGAGCUGCCGCCGCACGAGCCGCGCUGGUUCAAGAGGACCACGGACCCGGACACCAAGGAGCAGCUGUGGCAGCCUGCACCUGCUCCGGCUGGUCGCGGGCCGGAGGAGGAGACCACGUGGUACUGGGCCGAGAGGUACGAGGUGGGCUCCAAGAAGGCGAAUGGAGAAAAGGCCGAGUGGAAGGAUGCCUACCAUAUCUUCGGCGAUUUUGAGGUUCGUUAA